AUGUGGCUGAUCAACACAUCCACUUUUCAGCUCCACGAAUUCCCAGGGUGCGCACCUCACUACGCGACAUUUACCUACUUCACAGAGAAGAACGGCUCCUUGUUCGAAGAAUUAGCACAAUUACGGACCAAAACUUGUCAAGAUGGUCUCAAGAUAAUUCAGAGAGCAUGUGACCAGGCUCGGGCUGCUGGAACCCAGUGGCUCUGGAAUGAUGCCGCUUGCGUUGACAAACGCUCUUCCGCUGCCCAGUCUGAGGCCAUCAAUUCUUUCGCGCAGAUCUACAGGAAUUGUGAAUUCAGCAUCAUUUACCUGCAAGAUCUUUAUUACAAGCCAGCAGCGGAUGGAAUAACCGGUGAGAUGCUGGCUGAAUGCCGGUGGAUCAAAAACAUUUGGGCCAUACCGCAAAUUAUUUUUUCCCGGGUGUCGCAUUUCUACUCAUCCCAUUGGAACCACAUUGGAACUAAGGAAUCAUUGCUUCCACAGCUUUCUUCCGUUAUCGGUAUCGACCAAGCUGUUCUGGCCGACUCAGAUUGCCUAGAGGAUUAUUCCAUUGCCAGGAGAAUGUCCUGGGCCUCUGUGAUGUCAGCUUUGCGAACCGAGGAUUUUGCUUACGCUUUGCUUGGAGUAUUCGAUGUCAGCAUUCCUAUAAUCUAUGGGGAAGGACGAAAAGCCUUUCUCAGACUUCAGGAAGAGAUUUUAAGGAACACGAGUGACUUUUCCUUAUUCGCGUGGGAAACGUGCGAGUCCCAGGAGUAUACCGGACUUUUCGCACAGUCCCCAGCUUGCUUCCGCCACUUCCGACAAGAUCAGACGACAGCUUUGAGAAUCCAUGGUGACUUACAAAUUCACUGCCAGGGUAUCACUAUCGAGGCAUCUCUCUGGAGAACACCGAGCGGCUUGUUCCUGCCUUUGGAAGGUCCAGAUGGUCCCGCUUGCUGGGUCCCGCUGUUUCAAUGGAAUUCCUGCUUUGUGAGAAGGGGAGGUAAAUUGGAGUGGGAUUUCUCGGGGCCAGUGAGCCUCGAAAACAGAAAGGUAUGUGUCAGGCGAGAUGUGAGUGCCCAUGAUUCGAGAAAGAUCAUUGCCUCUGGAAACUUCCAGAAAGACCAAUCUCACUCUGGCCUGACACAUGCCUUCCUAUUUUCGAGGCUCACGAGCUCCGAGAGAUCCCGUGAUCAAAAAGACAGCAUAAUACCCCCGGUUGAUGAUUGCGGCGUGACGCCUCAGUAUGCCAAUUCGGUAUGCAUUAGCGAAAUCACAUCACGGGAAGACCCGAUCGCCUGGUCAUCUCACGGAAGAAGCUCAGUGGCAGAGACAAUGAGCGCGCGUGGCAGUAUUGGAGCACCUUCAUGGACACAUGAAAGUGCUUCGGAAGCCCAUGGCUUGCCUGAGCCCUUUGCCGAGGCGGACAAUACUGUCACUGUGUGCAUCGAAGCCGCGUGCGAAGAAGUCAAGGAUGGGUUGAAGGAGUCUGUGCAACUAUCUGAAUCGCCAUCCACCCAAACUCAAUCCUUGGACGGGGCCAGAUUCACGGAAGAGCUGGCGAAUAUUGCAACCGAGCAAUUUCUCUCUGGGUUUCAAAGGCAGUCCGUCAAGCGAUCAUUCAGACCAUGGCAGAGCGAGAAUCGUAAACGGCCCAAGCUCAUGGACUCAUCUGAUCAUCUUGAAAUUGUCGAAACAUCCGACUCUGAAGAUGGGGAAACGGUUGUUGUGAGGAAGGCCAGAUUUUUUGCUUGUCCUUUCUACAUCCAGGACAACAAGCACUCCAAAUGCGUGACAGAGGAGCAGCUACAGAAUAUCGAGCAAGUCAAGGACCAUCUGUGGUGGGCACAUCGACAGCCCAUCUUUUGUCCCGUGUGCAAAGAACAGUUCCCCUCCAGCAAAACUCGAGAUACGCACAUUCGGCUUCGCACCUGCCAUCCAAAGAUCUCGUCGUCGAUCGAAGGGCUUACAGGCGAGCAAGAUGAGAAGCUCGCAAGAGAAGAGGAGGAACCCCAAUUGUCUGAAGAAAUGCGGUGGUUCCGCAUCUGGGACAUCAUCUUCCCACACAUUGCACGUCCGCCCUCUCCGUUUUACACGGGUCAGCGGGAGCUGAAUGUGUGCGCGUUCCGACGAUUCUGGAUGGAAAGUGGUGAGAACAUCAUCGCAGACUUCCUCGAGAAGAAGGAAUCCCAGAGCUACAACAUCAGGAAUGAAGAGAGGGAACUGAGGGCUCUUUACAACCUAGUUCUGCAAGACGUGGUGUGCAGGAUAUUCGCUGAAUCCUGCGACCGUGUCACCACGUGUUGA